AUAACAUGCAGUAAGCAGCUGCAAACUUUCUAAAAGACAUACAAUUCGAGAUUGUUAUUGUUUACAUUUCUGCUGAAAACACCAUACAUAGAAAGUGUUUUAAAAAGAUUAUUUCCAUGCAGCGCUAAUUCAUAGAUUAUCUUCGGAAAAAAAAUCGAUGUGAUUGACAAAAUAUCUUCUUGCUGACAGUUAAUAAAAUUCAUAUUGUGCGUGCAUAAAUAUUUUUUUUAAAGAAUAUUGUAUUUUCUGUACGAUUUAUAAAAUCAAUAAACUAUUCAUUCAGUGUGUGAAAAUUCUCCAUGGGUAAAACCUUGGCAAACAAAGAUAAUCUGAUGGAUUCUGAUAGAUGAUGAGAUUCUGGUGGCCAAGGGUAAAACAAAUAUUAUUAUUAAAGGCAAUCUCAUUCUAUGUAGCAACACUAACAACAAAUAAUCUCUGUGCAAUGUGUGUCAUAGUUGCAAUGAUGUUAUAACAGAAAAUUAUUUUCAUACAUGGAAAUUUAAUGUUUGUGUUGAUAAGUUUCCAAGUAUAGUUCAUAAUUAUUCUUCGUUAUUAUAAAACUUUUUGCUUCCGUUCUAAGAAUUCUAUAAAAAGAAGUAGUUUCAUUUCAUUGCUUUGUGUUCAUAAUAUGGAAAUAAUUUAUUUAAGCACUUAUUGUGAUAAAUUAAUAAAGGAAAAAAGAAUAAUUUGGUUUAAGUAACACUUAAAACGAACUUUUCAUGCAGUGCAUUUUUAAACAGUUUAGUUUAAAAUAUAUUAAAAUUACUGUUCUGUUACAGAAAAUUAACUGUGUGUCACUUUCAUAAAACAUGUAUUUAUUCACAAGAUAUUGAAAUUUUGAUUUUCCUGUUCACACUUUAGAAAAUAUUUUCUGUAUUCCUGUAUUCAGUUUGUGCAAUUUAAUACUCAUAAAUGGAAAUAAACUUUGUUGACUUUCUCGUAUUUACGUUAAUGAAUAAGAGCUUGCUCUUAUUGUGCAUGAUAGAACAUUGAUAUAAAAAUUGGAAAUGAAAGUUUUUUUUAAAUCUAAUUUUAAAUUAGUGUAAGUGUAAAAAAAUAUUUUUUGCCUUUCUUGGUUUAUAAUGAACAAUAUUUCAGCAGUGUCUUUGUGAUUAAAAUGGUAAUGAAAUCAAAUUUGAUAAUUUCAUGUUCAUAAUAGUUAUUGUCAUGUUAAUAUAAUAAAAUAAAAUAAUUUAAUUCAGUUUAGUAUCUUGGUAUGUUCGACAAUAGAGAAAUAUUAAAGUUGGGUUGUGAAAAAUCAAAAGUUUUACCUUUAAAUAGGAUUUAAAUUAAUACUUUCAUGGAUGCACCUAUUACUAAAUCCUAUUUCUUCAGUAUUAUAUUUUACUUAAUUUAAAAUUUAGUCAAAAAAAGUGACUUGAUACAGCGUGCUCUUUUUUUUUGUAUCAUAUGUUAUUGAAGUCCUUCUUUAAUUCAGAAUAAGUAUCAUCCUGUAAGUAACUCUUAUUCUUGUUAUUGUAAUUAGAAGUUUUUAGUGAAAAGUCUGACCAAACACUGUAAAAUUUAUACUGGUGAGAAGCCUUUUUGUUGUAGUAUAUGUAAUAAGAUAUUCUAAAUGAAUGAUUAUGAAUAGUUGUGUUCAUACUGGGGAAGAACCUUAUUCUUGUACUAUAUGUAAUAAGAGUUUUUCAGAAAAAAGUAAUAUGACUAAACACAGUCUUGCUCAUACAGGUGAGAAACUUUAUUCUUGUAGUAUAUGUUAUAAGAGUUUUUACCUAAAAAGUAGACUGAAAAGACACAGUCAUGUUCAUACUGGUGAGAAGCCUUAUUCUUGUAAUAUAUGUAAUAAGAAUUUUUCAGAAAAAGGUAGUUUGAAAAGACACGGUCUUGUUCAUACUGGUGAGAAGCCUUAUUCUUGUCUUAUAUGUAAUAAGAGUUUUUCAGAAAGAGUAUAUCUGAUUAAACACUGUCGUGUUCAUACUGGUGAGAAGCUUUAUUCUUGUAGUAUAUGUAAUAAGAGUUUUCCACGAAGAAGUGAUCUCAAAACACAUGGUCGUGUUCAUACUGGUGAGAAGCCUUAUUCUUGUAAUAUAUGUAAUGAGAAUUUUUCAGAAAAGGGUAGUCUGAAAAGACACGGUCGUGUUCAUACUGAGGAGAAGCCUUACUCUUGUCUUAUAUGUAAUAAGAGUUUUUCAAGACAGUGUGGUCAGAAAAGACACAGUCGUGUUCAUACCGGUGAGAAGCCUUAUUCUUGUAAUGUAUGUAAUAAAAGUUUUACACAAAAAGGUAGUCUGAAAAAACACUGUCGUGUUCAUAAUGGUGAGAAGCCUUAUUCUUGUAGUAUAUAUAAUAAGAUAGGCUCAAUGAAUGAUUAUGAAUAAACACAGUUGUGUUCAUACUGGGGAUAAACCUUAUUCUUAAUAAGAAUUUUUCAGACAAAAGUAAUAUGACUAAGCACAGUCUUGCUCAUACUGGUGAGAAGCUUUUUCUUGUAGUAUAUGUCAUAAGAGUAUUUCUGAAAAUUCACUGUUGUGUUCAUACUGGUGAGAGGCCUUAUUCUUGUAAUAUAUGUAAUAAGAGUUUUUCACGAAAAAGUCAUCUCACUAUACACGGUCGUGUUCAUAGUGUGUGUAGUAAGUUCACAAGUGAACUUAUUACACACGGUUGUGUUUAUACUGGUGAGAAGCCUUAUUCUUGUAAUAUAUGUUGUGACAUUGUGUCACUUAAUCUCAAUUUUCUGUAGGGAUUAUGACCUAAAAAUUAGGCCGACCCCUUUCCUGUGACGCCUCACUGUCUGUCGACCUUCAUGCCUGUGACCUUCGGCAGCCUUUGAUGUCAGCACAUGGCAGUUUGAACGAUAUAGUCACAGUUUGUGUAUAAUUGUGAUUUGAUUUUUGGCAGUUCAUCUGUUCACUUCAAGUCCCUUUUAGACACGAUUCUGCGGCAUUUUAGGGAAUUUAACUUCAAUCUUGCUGUUUCUAUAAAUACCGCCCUCUUUUGGGAGGGAGAAGCAUACGUAAAAACAUCUUCAUCCACUACGAUCUCUUAACAGAGAUUUUUCACAUUUAUUUCUUCCACCCCCCGAGGGUGUUUCCGCUGACAUUCAAUGGCAAUCUUCAUUGUGUAUAGUCUUCAUUGAUGUGACCAUCUCUUCUUAAAAAAAAAGUCAAUUUAUGGCUUUCGAUAUAGUUAACAUGCUAAAAUGGAAGUUAUUUGUGCUGUCUUCGUUGUGCAUAGUUUUCUUUGAAGUGACCAUCUCUUCUUAAAGAGUCAAUUUAUGGUUUUUCGAUAUAGUUAACACGCCAAAAUGGAAGUAUUUCGAGAUAGCGUCAAUGCCAUGUUGUGGUGUCUUCAAUGUUGUGUCUUGCCCACCGCUCCAGAUACCCACCAGUUGUACCUCUGUUUUGAAAAAAAAUUCUCUAAUUCCUGAGUUACUGUGUUAUGUGAUGCCUUGCCUUUGAAUAUUGUGACGUGUUCUUUCAGUCGAUGCCAUGUUGUGGUGUCUUCGAUGUUGUGUCUUGCCCACCGCUCCAGAUACCCACCAGUUGUACCUCUGUUUUAAAAAAAAAUUCUCUCAUUCCUGAGUUACUGUGCUAUGUGAUGCCUUGCCUUUGAAUAUUGUGACAUUGUGUUCUUUCAGCGAUCUGCAUAAAAUAAAAAAUGUUAGUGCCCGUAAAGUGGACUCACUCAUUCUUAUAGUGGACUAGUGGAUUUUUUCUUGUUGGUGAAAAAAAAACAACUUCCAUGGAGAGUAAGAGGUAUGUUUUUUGUGAAGUGUAUUCUUCUGGGUAAAAAAAAAAUUGCAGCAUGAUGUUUUGUGCAAACCUAUAUAGAUUUGUUCGGCCCUAAUUAUCUCUCCUAAAUUUUUAUUAUCAUUAGCUCCUUUUUUUAUUUUUCAUAACAGCACCAACCCAACAUAACAUAUGUAAUAAGAGUUUUUCACAAAAAAUAAUCUGACACGACACAGUCUUGUUUUCAUACUGGGGAGAAGUCUUUUUCUUGUAGUAUGUGUAAUGAAUAUUUUUCAGAAAGAGUUUCUGAUUGAACACAGGCGUGUGCAUACUGGGGAGAAACCUUAUUCUUGUAGUAUAUGUAAUAAGAUUUUCACAAAAAGGUCAUCUCACUACACACGGUCGUGUUCAUGCUAUUUAAAAGCGGUAGUCUUAUAUAUGUUAAAAGCAGUAUGUUUAUUAUGAUGUUAUAAUAAUAAACAUUAUUAUGUACAUUUUUAUGUUUUAUAUGUUGUUUUUUUUCGCAUGAGGUCCAACUAAUUUAUUGUAGCUUUAUUCAUACUGGUGUAAAACCUCAUUCUUUUAAUUUUUCAAAAGCUGAAUUUCUAGUUUGUGUUUUCGCUGAUGAGAAACCUUUUUAUUGUAGCAUAAUGGAGUAAGAGUUUUUCUCAGAAAUGUCAUCUUACUGGAUACAGUAUUGUAGUCUAAGUACAGUAUUGUACUAGAGACACACUGUAUUUUUGAAGUAUGUGAUAAAUAGUUUUUUUAAGUAAUAGUGAAAUGUUUGCAUUCAUAUUCUUGUUGAUUUUAAAGCAAUAUUCUUGUAGUAUAUGCAAUAAGUGUUUCAUAACAUCAGCUGAUCUAACUAACCAUAGUUGUAUUGAUCUGGUGAGAUACCUUAUUCUUGUCGUGCAUAUCAAAAAAGAUUUUCUUUAAACUUAUCAUAUUCUGACUCAUACUUGUGAUCUGACUCGUACUGAUGUAAGUUAUGUAUUCUUGCAUCAUGUUUUCACUAUAAAGUAAAAUAACUGGGAUAAAACUCCUUUUUGCAUUUUUCACGAAAGUGUCAUUUGAUUAAAAGCAGUCUUAUGAAAUUAAAUAAUUAUUUUAUUUUGAAAUUUU